AUGGGACAUAUGUGGGACUAUUCGAUUUGGGAGGAAGGCAUCGACGCGUGGACUUCCUUAAGUGUCUUACUGCAGUACUAUGGAUUCACACAAAUUCAAGGCCACCACAGAUUGUUGGCGGCUGCUAUGGAAGAGAAGUCUUACAAAGAUACUAUAAGAGCUGAAUUACAGAGAAAGAGACACAGGACCUAUCAACUUUAUUUGAGAAAUUGUUCUGGAACAAGGAGAAAGGAUACUUUGUCCAAACCAUUUGGCAGGAUAACAAAAGCAGAAAGUGAUCGUCGACACAUUGACUGCAACUAUGGCGUUCAGUG